AUGGCCACGAGAGCGAUCAUUUAUGAAACGGUUCUUCUAUACGGAGUGGGCCCGGACUGUGUAUGUGUACUAGCCGUACGGACGACUAUAAAUGCAACAGCAGCCUGCACUACGGUUGCAUCAAUCGUGCAAGUGCAUCCAAUCAGUCCGGUUCCGGUUCCAUCCAACGUUUUCGCAAUGAAAUUGCUGUGGUUUGUCGUGUUUCUGCUGGCCCUGGUUUGUGCGGCUUUCGGGCAGGAAUGUCCGCAAGGUUUCGAUCAUCAGCAGGGCCAAUGCGUAACGAAGCGGCCCGUGCACGGCGAAUGUCCCGCCAACUCCAAGUACGACCUCAACAAGAACCUGUGCGUGUACACGUAGCACGUGCACUUCAUACCUUCCGUCCGAUGGAUGGCGAUGGUGGUGUGUGAUUGAAUAAAUUUGCCCGUAACACACGAAACUCCAACUCCA